AUGGCCGAGUGGCUGGGCCAGCCCCUGAGCAGGCCCCGCGGGGCGCAGGGGCGGGACCCGAGGGAAUUCAAAAAAUCGUCAGUGGAAACUGGCUUUAAUGUAACCAGCAAUCCUGUAAGGCUCCUCACUCUGAACCACUCACUGACAAGUGCUUCAGCUGAUAAGCAAGUUUGUCCUGCCCCUGGACUGCCAAUGCCAUUAGGUCUCUGCUGGCCCUAUGCUGAUGGAGACUUCUUUAAGGACAGAAAUGAGCUUCAUAGUAAUUCAUGUUCAACCAUAGAAAACAACACUGGUGAAACUUCAUCUGCUCCAAAUUUGAAAUAUGGAAACAGUAGUGUGGAAGAAAAUUUAACAGAUGAAAGUGAUUUAUCAGAAAAUGAGAAAGCAAAUGAUAGUUUACUUAGCUAUUUUAAAAGGAUGGACCUGAACUUAAAGCCAGAAAAAAUAGAAAACAUUGAAGAAUCUUUCACUGAGGAACCAAAUGAAGUAUUUCCAUAUCCUGAUUUUCUCCCUCCUCCUUUCAAUGCUCUGGACUUGCACAAAUUAGCCCUCUCAAAAUCUGAAAAUUGGAGAGCAACAGUGGACCCUCCAGAAAGCUCUGUUGAACACUUGAUAACUCGUUUACUAGAACUGGAAAGAUUACAACACACGACUGUACAAAAAGAAAGGCCAAGACCACAAACUACUGUCUGUACUCCAGCAGUUACUGAACGACCCUCUUCCUCCAAAGCUAUACCAAAAGUGAGACAGCCAAAACUUUCUGACUCUUUGAGUCUUCAGAUGUCUUGUGUAGAUAAAAGUCGAGAAAAAAGAAAAAACAAUUCUGGUUCUUGCAAGCUUGAACAAAAUGCUUCAAAAUGGAAUUGGAGCAAUGCUGGCAAAUGUAACUGGAAUUCUAGACCACCAUCUCUAAAAAGUUCAUCCACAGCAAAACAACUGAUUGCAACUAAUGAUUUUAAGAAUCCUAAAAGUUCCAUUUUAAAUCCAUGCCAAGAACUCUCAUCCAAGCCUACUACUGCCCAAACAACUCAAUCACUGGUUAAAAUGGUCUCAACAAGAUGUCUGCCACCAAGGUCUCCAAUACCAGUUUCACCGAUACCUCUGUCCAAGGCCGAGUCGGACGGGGCGCCCGCCAAGCCCUUCGCCCCGCGCGCGGAGGGGCCCCGGCCUCGGGGCGGCAGCGCCCUCGGAGAGGACGCCGGGGAGGACGCGUGGGCCUGCGGCGCCGUGGGGUAA